UAGCUCUUGUUCAUAAGAAUCCACGGUAGGGGUGAGAACUUCGUACAUCAGCAGCAGUUCACACAGCUCUGCUCUUACCUAUCCUCCAUAUAUGCAUGCUUGGCUGGCCACAUUUCGUUUACGCAGUUUGAAGUAGCAAGCACUCCUCAGCCCGAAGUCUGCCAUGGCUCGGCUCUACCAACUGACCCACCUCUCCGUCUUCUUCUUCCUGCUCCUCACCAGUCUCGAGGCUGCCGAUCUGUCCGGAGGGAGGAAGGUGACCAUGACCGUCCAGUUCCCGCCUGCAGACUCGCCGCCGGAGGAGAAGAUCACGAUCUCAACGCACUACGUCCGCGAGGACGGGGUGGGCGACAGCCACAUCCAUCUCGACUGCGACGAUCACGAGCCCCAGCUCGGUUCCGCCGUAAAACACCUUGUCACGAGCCUGGAGAAGAUACGAGAUGAGGAGGCGCCGCUAUCCGAGGCCUACGAUAUGCCCACUGAGUGGAUGCAGGUUCUCUUUCAUUUGGUCUCAGGGAAAAUCAGGCGCGAUUUACUUUAUUACCGUAGUAUUGUCACUGCAAGGAGCUCCUUCGCUCGUGCCAACAAUCACUCGGUGUUGGCAGCUCUAUCCACCUCGCACUACUAGACCCAGGCUGAAGAAAUCUUCCGCGUUCAGUCUGUUGAGUGCCGAUUCCGGGAGCGUAUCAGUUAUCAGGGGUCGUUAUUUAGGUUGUAGUGUUGUGGUAGCGUGCACUGUACAGGGUGCUGGAGUACAUCUGCUUUCAGUUAUCUCUGUAUUAGUUUGGUUUCUGUAGCUUAACAUAUCUACCGUGUUCGAGAAAGUUCUUCUUCUUUUUUUCUUCUUUUUUGCAGGAAACUUGUUCUUCUAUUUAUGUACUUCUGCUCAAUUUCCGGAUCUUUA